UGUGCGGGCGGGCCGUCGUGGGCGCAGCUCGGGGCGGCUCGGGAGCCUGUGCGAGCCGGGGGCCGCGGCCUGCGGGGGCUCCGGGCCGGCGACCGGAGGGAAGUGGGGCGUGCGGAGCGCGGCCGCGCCGGGGCGGGGUGGGCGGAGCCGGCGGCGGCGAGCAGGGGACCGAGGGGCCGGCCGGCGGGCGCUGUGUAAUGUUCAAGCUCAGAAAUGCCUUAUGUGGAUCGUCAGAAUCGCAUCUGUGGUUUUCUCGACAUUGAAGAAAAUGAAAACAGCGGGAAGUUUCUUCGACGGUACUUCAUACUGGAUACCACGGAAGAUAGCUUCGUAUGGUACAUGGAUAACCCACAGAACCUACCUUCCGGAUCAUCCCGUGUUGGAGCCAUUAAACUCACCUACAUUUCCAAGGUUAGCGAUGCCACUAAGCUGAGGCCAAAGGCUGAGUACUGUUUCGUUAUGAAUGCAGGAAUGAGGAAAUACUUCCUACAAGCCAAUGAUCAACAGGACCUAAUAGAAUGGGUGAAUGUAUUGAACAAAGCUAUAAAAAUUACAGUACCAAAGCAGUCCGACUCCCAGCCCCAUCCUGAUAAUCCGAGUCGUCCAGGGGAGUGUGGGAAGAAGCAGGUGUCCUACAGAACUGACAUCGUCGGCGGGGUGCCCAUCAUCACCCCGACCCAGAAAGAAGUCAGCGAGUGUGGCGAGAGCGUCGACCGGACUAACUUGAAGCGCUCCCAAAGCCACCUUCCCUACUUCUCGGCCCGACCGCCUCCCGACAGCGCCGUCAUCAAGGCCGGCUACUGCGUGAAGCAAGGCGCCGUGAUGAAAAACUGGAAGAGAAGAUACUUUCAGCUGGAUGAAAACACGAUAGGCUACUUCAAAUCUGAACUGGAAAAGGAACCACUCCGUGUGAUCCCACUUAAAGAGGUUCAUAAAGUCCAGGAAUGUAAGCAGAGUGACAUCAUGAUGAGAGACAACCUCUUUGAAAUCGUAACGUCGUCACGGACUUUCUACGUGCAGGCCGAUAGCCCUGAAGAGAUGCACAGUUGGAUCAAAGCCGUGUCAGGGGCCAUCGUGGCGCAGCGGGGACCCGGCCGGUCAGCGUCUUCUGAGCAGCCCGCCGGCGCCGCAGAGCCCAGGCUCGCCCUCCGCUCUGCCGCCGCCGCCACCCGCAGCCACUCUCUGGCCUCCAGCCUUACCGUGGAGAAGCGAGGAUUUUACGAAUCUUUUGCCAAGGUCAAGCCAGGGCACUUCAAGGUCCAGACUGUCGCUCCAAGAGAACCAGCUUCCCAAGUGACUGACCAGGCGCUGCGGAAAGCACCGUGGAACUGCGGCCCUCGGGAGCCGGGUCGGGAGCCGGUGGACUUGGAUGACGCCAGCCUGCCCGUGAGCGACGUCUGAGCUGGGCGCGUGGCGGGCCACCUGCCUCCGGCCCGCCGCCCAACCCAGGGACCUUCUAGCCAAAGAUGAUAAAGGGUGGAACGGUUUCUCACGCUCUGUCACACUGCCUCUUAGAUGUAGUCUUUUAUAAGCUGGUAAACCAAGAGUCUCGGGCACGGCCAAACCAAAUGUAAUCUCUUCGGAAACAAAGGAAAGAAAGGAAAAACCCAAGUGUCUCAGCAUCAGUUUCAUGUGUUCUAAUUUGGGGGUGUGUGUGAGUGUGUGUUCCUGCGUGUGUGUUCUUAGUGAAUUUGAACAUUUAGAUGUCUUAAUAUUAAAAAUGCUUAUGGAUUAUGUUGGUCAUCUAGAAACUGCUACUAUGACUUCCUGGUAGGCGUUCACUAUGUAGACCUGCUUCCUGGCUAAUACCAUUGAAUGAGAGAUUGCCAGGCGAAGAGCUGGAAACUCACGGUGUCUGAGGUGCUGUGAAACCGAUACACGCCAUAGACUCUGGAAAUCACGACUGUUUGGGUGCCCUGGGUCGCCAGGAGAGCGCAGAAUUUAGCACUGGGGGUUUUAUUUGACUGUCUGCGAAGCGGGAGAGAAAAGGGAAAAUUAGAAUUGUAAGAGCUACAUCUUGGGAACGUUUGAUCAACAUCUGCAGCCAGGGUCCUUGCAUGAAAAUGAUUUCCGUAUGGAAUUUCCGGAAGAGGCUUUUCUUACCGGGUUCUGUCAGCAGGCCUUGUCCCGGCUGCGUUUGGGUCCGUGUGAGACCCCAUCAGACCCCCCAAGUGAGACGUGGCAUCCUGUGUCAGACCCCCCCCCCCCCAACGGCAGCCCUGCGGGGGGGGCCUCCCCUCGUCCCCUGCCACCUAGAUUCAGGUGCCUGUUCUUAGAAUCUUGGUUGGGCAGUUUUGAGAAUACUGUGCUCGAAAGCUUCACUUGACUGGUUGUAAACAUUAGGACAAGAUCAGUUUUCAGUCACUUAGUUGAACGUGACAAAUGGGUCAUUUUAUGCCAGGUGCCAGAGCAUUGAUCUUCCACUCCCUGUGCAAUACGUACGUUUUACAAAACCAACUCCAGUAGGGAGCCGUUUGCGGGGCUGUCAUGAAGACGUGCGCCUCGGUGGAUUCUUCAUUCCGGGCCGCGCUCACAGCCCCAGCUGAUCUAAGUGUCGUGUGUGCGGUUCCGUCUUAAACACGCUUAAGAGAACAGUCUUGAGUUUCACAUGCUGCUAUUUUUACAUUUUGCUAUUUGACAGUACUGUUUUGUUUUGAGUUCUGCACAUCACCGUGGUUUCUCCUUUUCAUUUUCUACAGCGACUGCCUGUCCAGGGAAAAGAGACUUCCUCCUGCAGGGUGGGGGGGAAGGGGGUGCCCAGAGGGCAUCCUCUCCUGGGACUCCAGUUCCCCUGGCAUCCGUUUCCAAACCCUGUGUGGCAAGAAUGCACCACUGAUUUUUUUUUUUUAUAUAUAAGCUAAUCUUUUGAAAGUUAUAUUUAGAUUUUGUUUUCCUGUGUGCAUCCACGUUUGAAAAUGACAGAAUGGAAAAACUCGAGGCAAUGACUUGUGCUGACACACCCCUCCGUGUGGCUCCCGUGGACGUGGCUUUUUCACGGAGACACCUUGAGUCCCGCGCGGGCCAUUCGUGACGGUCAGAAGCCUUGUGCUCUCUCGCUUGGUACAGUUUCCACACUGCAUGUGCAUUUUAGCAUAUUUUGGUAUUGGUAAUUUGAUAUUUUUAACGGUGGCCAAAUACUCGCUCUAUUUUGGAAUUUUUUUAUAGACUUCCCCCCCUCCCCCUUGUAUUCCUCAGCCAAGGAAAAAAAAGGUUUUUUUGUGAUUGUCAGGGUCUUCUAAUAUUUAUCUCGAUACUUUUAUAAUUCUAUGAAAAUUAUUUAAUUAUUUUAAAACGUAUACUUUCUGUAAAUACGUCACAACCGAGUUAUCAAAAAGUUACUUUGCAUACCUUAAUAUUUGCUACAGGUUUCAUCCGUGUAUAGAACAUGUCUUCUUUUGGAACGGGAAUAUUCAUGUGCUUCCCACUGUUUACGCCUGUUAUCUUCAUAUGUCAAACACUGUAAUGAAUUGAGAAUAAACUGCUCAAAAUUG